UCCAGCCCCUCCCACAGCCCAGAGCCUGGCUGGGGAGACUCUACUCCCUUCUCCUUCUCUCUCACUCCCUCUCCAGCUCUCAAAACUUUCCAAGUUUGGAUUAACUGAACGGGGGCUCCUCCAGGACGCUGGACUUCUGAGCCCCCUCUUAUCCUAAACGCGCCCCCCACCCCGGUUCUUUAAAGGAGGGGGCAGACAACAGCGCCAUGCAUUGAUGGGGAAAAUUGCUUUCUCGCAGGGUCUUGACGCCGUUCCAGAGGCGCUGUGAGUUCUGCUAAACUGGGGGGGCCGCCAGGCCGGGGUCAGAGACCUCCCCCCGCCACCAGCAUGAAUCCUGCCUCGGGAUUAACACUGCUGCUCCCCCUUGUCAACAUCGUCUACUUGCUGCUGGUGGGCUGCACCGCUGAAAGUCCCCCCGAGUUCAUCAAGAAUCCUGUGGACCAGAUUGGGGUCUCUGGAGGAGUGGCAUCCUUCGUCUGCCAAGCGAGGGGAGACCCCAAGCCCCGCGUCACCUGGAACAAGAAGGGGAAGAAAGUGAACUCCCAGAGGUUUGAGACGAUUGAGUUUGACGAAGGGGCCGGCGCUGUCCUGAGGAUCCAGCCCCUCCGCACCCCCAGGGACGAAAACAUUUACGAAUGCGUUGCUCAGAACUCCGUGGCAGAGAUCACCGUCAACGCCAAACUGACUGUCCUGAGAGAGGACCAGCUGCCUUCGGGCUUCCCCAUCAUCGACAUGGGACCCCAGCUGAAAGUGGUGGAGCGCACCAGAACCGCCACCAUGCUCUGCGCAGCCAGUGGGAACCCAGAUCCAGAGAUCACGUGGUUCAAAGAUUUCCUGCCCGUCGACCCCAGCGCCAGCAACGGAAGGAUAAAGCAGCUGAGAUCAGGUGGCCUUCAGAUCGAAAGCAGCGAAGAGACCGACCAGGGGAAGUACGAGUGCGUGGCCAGCAACAGCGCCGGCGUGCGCUACUCCUCACCCGCAAACCUAUAUGUGAGAGUGCGUCGGGUGGCCCCUCGCUUCUCCAUCCCUCCCUCCAGCCACGAAAUUAUGCCUGGAGGCAAUGUUAACAUCACCUGCGUGGCGGUCGGCUCCCCCAUGCCCUACGUCAAAUGGAUGCAGGGGGCGGAAGACUUGACGCCGGAGGACGACAUGCCCGUGGGGCGGAACGUCCUGGAACUGACCGAUGUGAAGGACUCAGCCAACUACACCUGUGUGGCCAUGUCCAGCCUGGGUGUCAUCGAAGCCGUGGCACAGAUCACCGUGAAAUCGCUCCCCAAAGCUCCUGGAACCCCUAUCGUGACGGAGACGACCGCGACGAGCAUCACCAUCACUUGGGAUUCGGGGAACCCCGACCCCGUGUCCUACUACGUGAUCGAGUACAAGUCGAAGAGCCAGGACGGACCCUACCAGAUCAAGGAAGACAUCACCACCACCCGCUACAGCAUUGGGGGGCUCAGCCCCAACUCAGAGUACGAAAUCUGGGUGUCGGCCGUCAACACCAUUGGGCAGGGGCCGCCCAGCGACCCCGUGGUGAUGCGGACAGGGGAGCAGGCCCCUGCCAGCGCCCCCCGCAACGUCCAGGGCCGGAUGCUGAGCGCCUCAACCAUGAUCAUCCAAUGGGAGGAGCCCGUGGAGCCGAACGGUCAGAUCCGGGGCUACAGGGUCUACUACACCAUGGAGCCAGACCAGCCGGUCAGCAACUGGCAGAAGCACAACGUCGACGACAGCCUUUUGACCACCGUCAGCAGUCUCCUGGAGAUGGAAACCUACACCGUUCGGGUCCUGGCUUUCACUUCCGUGGGAGACGGGCCGCUCUCGGACCCGAUCCAAGUCAAAACCAAGCAAGGAGUUCCCGGGCAACCCAUGAACUUCCGUGCAGAAGCCAAGAGCGACAGCAGUAUUUUGCUGACCUGGAGUCCUCCCCGCCAGGACAUCAUAUUGAAGUAUGAGCUGGUUUUCAAAGACGCCACACAGGCAAAACCCGAGACGAGGACCUUUGACCCUGUGACCUCGUUCACCGUGAGAGACCUGAAGCCCAACACAGAGUAUGUCUUCAAACUGGCUGCUCGCUCGGCCUUGGGCAUUGGGGCCGAAACCCCGGAGGUCAGGGAGCGAACCCUGCAGGCUAAACCGUCCGCCCCCCCUCAAGAUGUAAAAUGUGUCAGCACCAGAUCCACGGCCAUUCUGGUAAGUUGGCGGCCCCCUCCAGCCGAGAGCCAAAAUGGCGUCUUGAACGGAUAUAGCGUUCGCUACCGAGCCCUGGACUCAGAGGACACGGAGCCAAGAGAGGUGACCAACAUUCACGCAAGCACCAAUCAGAUCCUCCUGGAAUCGCUGGAGAAGUGGACCGAAUACCGGAUCACUGUGGUGGCGCACACGAUGGUGGGACCUGGGCCAGAAAGCUCACCGGUCAUCGUCCGCACCGACGAAGACGUGCCCAGUGCCCCGCCACGCAAAGUGGAAGUGGAGGUUCUGAAUUCGACCGCGAUCCAAGUGUCCUGGCGCUCGCCGCUCCAGAACCGCCAACACGGGCAGAUUCGCGGCUACCAAGUACACUACAUCCGAAUGGAGAACGGGGAAGCCAGCGGUCUACCCCAGAUCAAAGACGUGAUGCUGGCUGAUGCACAGUGGGAAACGGAUGACACUGCAGAAUACGAAAUGAUCAUCGCUGGGUUGCAGCCAGAGACUGCCUAUUCCAUCACUGUGGCUGCCUAUACCAUGAAAGGCGAUGGCGCCCGCAGCAAACCCAAGGUGGCCGUGACCAAGGGGGCAGUCCCAGGGAAGCCGAUCCUGUCCGUCCACCCGACUCAAGAAAACGCCCUGUUGGUCAAGUGGGAGCCUCCUCUGGACGCAGAGGGUCAGGUGCUGGGCUACCGCUUGCAGUUCGGCCGCAGGGACGUUGACCCCUUGGCGACGCUGGAAUUCUCCUCUGAGGAGGACAGGUACACGGCCACCAACAUCCACCGAGGUGCCACCUACGUCUUCAAGCUUGCCGUCAAGAGCCGCUCCGGCUUCGGGGAAGAAGCGGUCCAGGAGCUCACCAUCCCAGAAGACGUGCCCAAGGGGUACCCGCAGAUCCUCGAAGCCAGCAACAUCACCUCCAAGUCCGUGCAGUUCCACUGGAUGCCCCCGGUCAUGGCGGAGAGGAACGGGGUCAUAGUGAAGUACACCGUGGCCUAUCGCGAGGCCACGUCUUCCGGGAGCCCGCAGGAGAAGGAUCUCCCUCCGUCUCCCGAGAACUCGUACACGCUGAACGGCCUCAAGCCCAACACAGCCUACGAUGUUAAAAUCCGAGCCCACACCAGUAAAGGUCCGGGGCCGUACAGCCCUUCGGUCCAAUACCGGACGUUCCUCCUGGACCAAGUUUUCCCCAAGAACUUCAAAGUGAGGAUGCUGACCAAGACGUCCGUUCUCCUAGGAUGGGAGUUCCCCGAGAAUUACAAUUCUGCCGUUCCGUACACGAUCCAGUACGAGGGCAAAGAGAUCGAGGUGGACGGCCGUGCCACUAAGAAGCUCAUCACGAACCUGAGACCUCACACGUUGUACAGGUUCAUCCUGAAAGGUCCUAAGGGCACUCUGGGGAACCUCCAGCAGCAGGUGGAGGUUUCGACGGCAGCCAACCUGCUCAGCCGGAAGCCGGAGGUGACCUACAGACACGACCUGGACGGGAGCAUCGUGGUGAACCUGCCGGAAGUGAAAGGCUCAGAUUCACCUGCGCAGGCAUUCUACAUCGUGGUCGUUCCCCUGAAGAAAUCCAAAAGCGGCCAGUUUCAGAACAUAUACCACAGUCCGGAAGAGAUGGACUUGGAGGAGUUGAUUCAGAUUUCCCGACUGCAACGCCGCAGUCUCCGCCACUCCCGCCAGCUGGACCUCCACAAGCCCUACAUCGCAGCCCGCUUCAACACCCUGCCCUCCUACUUCAUCCUUGGGGACUUGAAGCGCUACGACGGCUUUGAGAACAAAGCCUUGGAACCCGGUCAGAAGUACGUCCUUUUCGUCCUGGCUGUGCUCCGGGCCUCCGAUCCGUUAUACGCUGCCAGCCCCUUUUCGGACCCGAUCCAGAUAGACAACCCGGACCCACAGCCAAAGAUUGACGGCGAGGAGGGACUGAUCUGGGUGAUUGGACCGGUCUUGGCCGUGGUGUUCAUCAUCUGCAUCGUCAUCGCAAUCCUCCUCUACAAAAACAAACGAAAAGACUCGGAGCCGCGCAUCAAAUGCAUGUUGAACAACGCAGAGAUCACGCCUCACCACCCCAAGGACCCUGUGGAGAUGAGACGCAUCAACUUCCAGACCCCAGAUUCUGGGCUGAGCAGUCCCCUCAGUGACCCUGAGUUUGACCUUGAAAGUAUGCUGAGCCACCCACCCAUCCCAAUUUCGGAACUGGCAGACCACACGGAGCACCUCAAGGCCAACGACAACCUGAAACUCUCUCAGGAGUACGAGUCCAUUGACCCGGGUCAGCAGUUCACUUGGGAACACUCCAACCUUGAGGUGAACAAGCCGAAAAACCGAUACGCCAAUGUGAUCGCCUACGACCAUUCCCGGGUCAUUUUGCUGCCCAUUGAAGGAAUCGUGGGCAGCGACUACAUCAACGCCAACUAUAUCGACGGCUACCGUAAGCAAAAUGCGUACAUCGCUACGCAGGGGCCCCUUCCGGAGACUUUCGGGGACUUCUGGAGGAUGGUGUGGGAGCAGCGUUCGGCCACGGUGGUGAUGAUGACCAAGCUGGAGGAGAAAUCGCGGAUAAAGUGUGACCAGUACUGGCCGGGCCGGGGCACCGACACAUACGGAAUGAUUCAAGUCACCUUGCUGGAUACCAUUGAGCUGGCCACGUUCUGCGUCCGAACCUUCUCGCUUCACAAGAAUGGCUCCAGCGAGAAACGGGAGGUUCGGCAGUUCCAGUUCACGGCCUGGCCAGAUCAUGGUGUCCCCGAGUACCCGACCCCAUUUCUGGCCUUCCUCAGGAGAGUGAAAACCUGCAACCCGCCCGAUGCAGGGCCCAUUGUUGUGCACUGCAGCGCUGGGGUCGGCCGCACGGGCUGCUUCAUCGUGAUCGACGCCAUGCUGGAGAGGAUAAAACAUGAGAAGACGGUGGACAUUUACGGCCACGUCACUCUCAUGAGGUCGCAGAGAAAUUACAUGGUGCAGACGGAGGACCAGUACAGUUUCAUACAUGACUCCUUGCUGGAAGCCGUCGCCUGCGGCAACACAGAAGUCCCCGCUCGCAAUCUCUACACCUACAUUCAGAAGCUGGCUCAGAUCGAAGUUGGGGAACACGUCACUGGCAUGGAGCUUGAAUUCAAGAGACUCGCCAACUCCAAAGCCCACACCUCCCGAUUCAUCAGCGCCAACCUCCCGUGCAACAAGUUCAAGAACCGCCUUGUCAACAUCAUGCCAUACGAGACCACGCGGGUCUGCCUGCAGCCUAUCCGAGGGGUCGAGGGCUCCGACUACAUCAACUCCAGCUUCAUCGAUGGGUACAGGCAACAGAGGGCCUACAUCGCCACGCAAGGUCCGCUGGCGGAGACCACAGAAGACUUUUGGCGGAUGCUGUGGGAGAACAAUUCCACCAUUGUCGUGAUGCUGACCAAACUACGAGAGAUGGGGCGGGAAAAGUGCCACCAAUACUGGCCAGCUGAGAGGUCUGCCCGGUACCAGUACUUUGUGGUCGACCCCAUGGCGGAAUACAACAUGCCUCAAUAUAUCCUCCGGGAGUUCAAGGUCACCGAUGCCAGGGAUGGCCAGUCACGGACCGUGCGCCAGUUCCAGUUCACGGACUGGCCAGAGCAAGGCGUGCCAAAGUCCGGCGAAGGCUUCAUUGAUUUCAUCGGGCAGGUGCAUAAAACCAAGGAGCAGUUUGGCCAAGACGGGCCCAUCUCCGUCCACUGCAGUGCCGGCGUGGGCAGGACCGGCGUCUUCAUCACCCUCAGCAUCGUCCUGGAGAGAAUGCGCUACGAGGGCGUGGUGGACAUCUUCCAGACAGUGAAGAUGCUUCGGACACAGAGGCCUGCCAUGGUGCAAACGGAGGAUGAAUAUCAGUUCUGUUACCAAGCAGCGCUGGAAUACCUGGGCAGUUUUGAUCACUAUGCAACAUAAAACAAAACAAAACGCCAACUCUGAAACAGAAAAAAACACAAAAACAAAGCCAUCCGUUGCACGGACUCUGACCACUUGCAGUCCUGGAAGGUCUUUUCGAGCCAGAGAGGUGAACUUUGACCUUUUUCUAUUAGGAAAAAAAGAAAAAAAAAGAAAAUCGCAGACUGAAUUCCGAAGGAAGCUGCCGCCUGUGCCCACUCAGCCCCUGCCCCGGUUUUGGAUGCUACAGUGAGGGGGGGGGCAAUCAGCUAGUGAAGCGGCCAGCACUUCCGCCCCCCCCCAAGCAAACCCUGCACCUCUGGGGCUGCCGCCAGCUCCCUCUCUCUCCUGCCCUGAGGUGGCUCCGAUGGAGGGUGUGUCCCCCCCUUUCCCCAUUUUCUCUUUCAAAGUGGUGACCUUGUCGUUCUUACCUCAUGUGGUGUUUGCGGCGUGGGGGAGCGGUGCCGGGCGGACCCCAAGAGCUUCGGCGGGAUUUUUGAAACAAACAAACGUCCGAGAGAGAGAGCCCCCGCACACACACCAAACGGAAGAACGAACCAGGCGGGGGCCGGCGAGGAACGACAAGCAUGGCCCCUGGCACACUCGCGUUUUAAGAGUUCGGUUUGCAUACUAAUCUAGUUGGUGAGUUUUAGAGGAAGCCACUCGCAGGGUUGUUGGGUCGUUGUUGUUGUUUUGCAGACAGGAACAGAGAGAAAAAGGGUUUGGGACAGAAAGCAAGAACCUUCCAGCCUUGAGCACCAACUGAGCCAAUCUUUCACCCAGCAAGCAUUCUAUUUUAUUUUGGAGGGGAUCGCAAACUCUGAUUUCAAUGGUGGAUAUAUGUUUUGCCAACCUGCAGAAAGGUGGGGGUGUGCGCAGUGCUUUUUCUGGGGGUACACAAGGGGUACACUGUACCAGCACCCCUUUUUUUCUCAGAGAAAAGCACUGGGUGCAAGAUUCCUCAAACACACACGGUCCUGUAUCGCUCACCUUUCGAAAACUCGGAACAUUCCACAUCCUUAUGAUUCCACGGUUUUUUAUGUCGAAAUAAAAACUGCAAUAAGGAGCUAUCAGGGACCCAAAACGUCUCUCCAUCGGGAAAACACUCUCCCUUCCUCCUCCCCCUCCACAAACACCCUUUUUCACUUGGCCCCCUUCCCCACACAAAAUUAACCCCGCAUCCGCUUGGUUUCAUUUCAUCUCCCUCACAGCCUUUUACUCUCACGGGUGGAGGUUAUGAAACACCUUUUUAAAAAUUAAAAAAAAAAGGCCACAUGAUUCCAUUAGCACAUCAAAAGCUGACCUUUUUUUCCCUUCCUUUUCCUUUUGCAAAACCAUGUGUGUGUUUUUUUGUGUGGGGGUGUCUUUUGUGCCCUUCCCCGCCCCUUCCACCAUAUGCCAAAGAGAAAAAUGGAGAGUUUUUUCAGAGGCCCCUGGAACAGGAUGGAUCUUUUGAAAAAAGGGGAGGAUUUUUUGUUGUUGUCAAGGCUGAGGGGACCAUCAACAGAGGAAAAGAUCAUCUCCCAUUUGCAGCCCACAGCCAGGACCCAGGACUUAUGGAAAUUUGGGGGGGGGGCUGGAGAGAACCUUGCAAGUGGCUCUCUUUAAAGAGACGUUCAUGUAUCUCUAGCAAGUGGCAUUCAUAUUUUUUUUUUAUUUUGCGUCUCUCUCUCUCUUUUUAAAAUAGUGUAUUUUUUUUUCCUUUUUAAAAAAAACAUGUAAAAAAAAUUACAGGAGAAUAUCAGUCAACGAAUUUACACGAAAAAAAGCAAAAAAAAAAAAGCAAAUUACUUAUUUGUUCAUAUUAUGUUCAAAGACAGUCUAUUUUUUCACUGUAGAAACGUUAUGUGUAAUGGCUGUGUGAGAUAAGAUGGGGCAGGGGGGGAAUGACGUAUGAUUAUAAUUGCUACUUUUACAUCUUGCGGGUUUUUUUACCAUUUUGAAAAGAAAUGAAGAAGAAGAAGAAAGGUUUAACUUGCUCACAUACAAACAAACCUUCGCCGUUUUUCUUUUCUUUUUUAAAAAAGAAUUACGCUUCUUGUUGUUGUUAGCUGUUUAUUAUUUUCUUCCUUUUCCAAGGGACUUGGCCAAUAAGGGGCGUGAGGGAUGAGGAGGGGGCACAGACAGGAUCCAUCGCUUUAAUUUUUUUUUGGGGGGGUAGCCUUCCCCGCUCCGGCAGCCUGCAUUUUGUAUGCCUGACCCAUGGCAAAACGGAACAUUUUAAACGAGGCGACCGUCCACCACCAGGACACAUGAAUCCAGAGAACUAUACGUGGGAGUUUGCCCACUUCUCAAGGCAUGGACAGCGGUAGCAAACACCCUGCUUUUAGCCAGCACGGUAGGACACGGGUGGCGCUGUGGGUUAAACCACAGAGCCUAAGACUUGCUGAUCAGAAGGUCGGCGGUUCGAAUCCCCGCAACGGGGUGAGCUCCCAUUGCUCGGUCCCUGCUCCUGCCAACCUAGCAGUUCGAAAGCACAUCAAAGUGCAAGUAGAUAACUAGGUACCACUCCAGCGGGAAGGUAAAUGGUGUUUCCAUGCGCUGCUCUGGUUCACCAGAAGCGACUUAGACAUGCUGGCCACAUGACCCGGAAGCUGUACGCCGGCUCCCUCGGCCAAUAAAGCGAGAUGAGCGCCUCAACCCCAGAGUCGGUCACGACUGGACCUAAUGGUCAGGGGUCCCCUUUACCUUUUAAAAGGGGUUGUACAAAAUCGAAAACAAAAAACAAGGUGUUUGCUGAUCGCCAUUAACUGCUUGGAGGGCUGCAUUCAGCAGGGGAGGGGUGUCAUAGGAAGAGCUUUCCGCUGCAAAAUGGGACAGUUUAUUGGAUGUGCUGAAUGUCGGUUCGAAACCCUGCUCAGCCUUAACAGAGACAUACUGGGUGGCACUGGGCCAGUAUUUCUCUUUUUCUUUUUCUUUCUCUCUCUCUCUCUCUGCCUAAGCUACCUCGCGGGGUUGUUCUGAGGCUGAAAUGCUGCCCUCCCCCCCCCCGGCCCCUCCAGAACUUCGUAGGCUGUAAAACAAUGGGCUUUGCUACUUCCCACAUGUUCUCUGGAUUAAGGCAGCAAGACCUUUUGGAUAGCGGUAAAAAACAAACAAACCCAUCUUUUUCUCCCCAAACCCUGCAGCAAUAUUUUCUUUUCCUACGGUACCGAGCGAAGAAGGCAAGGCGUACCAAAGGGUAUAGCUUAACCCACCACACACCCUAAACCAGGCUUCCUCAACCUCGGCCCUCCAGAUGUUUUGGGACUACAAUUCCCAGCAUCCCUGACCGCUGGUCCUGCUAGCUAGGGAUCAUGGGAGUUGUAGGACAAAAACUUCUGGAGGGCUGAGGUUGAGGAAGCCUGUCCUGAACAUCUUGGGUUCUUUUUACACCACUCCUCAGUUUUGCAAUUUUGCAGCUGGGUUAAACCCGCCCCCACCCCCGGGCAAUGGUGGGGCUGAGGACAGGAUGACCCAGCAGUAACUUACUGGCUUGAUAAUAAUGAUAAAAGGGGGGGGGGUCUUUGAGAUUUCCCUUCCCCACAAUAUUGCCUAACAUUUCCUUAAGGACAUAUAUAUUGGUAGAUGUUUGGGAGGAAGUGGAGAAGUUGGAGGGGGGCAACUGGGUGUGCCAACCUUUUAUUUUUUAUUCCCCCCACCCCACCCCCAUUUUUUAAAAAAUAAAAAAAAUUCUUUUCCUCCCUUCCUUUGUAUGAAAGCAAGACCCUGUUGCUAUCACACUGUUAUUUCGAAAUGAAACAGUUUAAAGUGGUCUCCAUGCCACUGUUUAUGUAGAUAUAUAUAUUGACUUUGUAUUAAAGGAAGAUUGUCUGAAAAAAAC